GUACAAUAUUACUUAAAUGAAUUAACCAGGCAUUAAUUUAACCUACUUGGGUAUGAUGGGUACUUUUUUAUUGUAAUGACAUAAAAAAAAUUGAUAACUCGGUUAUAAAUAGACAUGCAAUAAUGUACAAGGCAUAUUUUUGUGGAAAAUUUUACCUGACCAAAUUACGUUAAAACUGUUGGUCGUCAAUAACUUUUUGUUGAAACAAAAACUGAAACCAAAAGUUCAAUAGAAAGGCACGCGCAGGAAUGCUAAUCGCAAGCCAAACUAUCAGUUUCUUUUUGCCGAUAUGAGGCGAAUACAGAAGAAACGAAUGUUUUUAAUAAAAGUGUUACGGCUGCUCUUCAUGUGCCAGUUCUACGUUUAGUUGUGUCAAUGACAAAAUGCGCGACUCUUGCCUCGUUAUUCUAGCGUUGUUAUGCUCUUUACACGCCACCUUUGCCAGGUUUAUUUUGCCCUAUGUGCCGGAAAACGUCGAUCCGCCUCUGCCCUAUCAAGACCCGGCCUUUCAAAACGAUGUUGACGAUGUUCCUGACGAUUACUUCGAUCCCGAGGUGGCCCCAGGUCUGUUCCAAGGCGACAUGGCGAUGAACGACGAAAUUUAUAACUACUGGCGUGUCGGGAUCAGAUGGGACACAUUUCCGGAAAAAUUGUGGAAAAACCGGACUGUACCAUACGUGAUUAGUCCCCUAUAUGACGCUUCCGAUACAGUGACGAUAUACCAGGCCAUCCGUACCAUCAAUUUCAUGACGUGCGUGAAAUUUGUGCCGUGGAACGGAAAAAGCAAGGAUUACCUGCUGAUUUGGCCCAUCAAGUACCCGAGGGGUUGCUGGUCGUUUGUGGGCCGGUUCGGCGGGGCCCAAAUUGUCAGUUUGGAGCCUCCAAACCAAAGAGGGCCGAACUGCCUUGGAACAGAGGGAAGAGCAAUACAUGAGUUAAUGCACGCACUGGGUGUGUUUCACGAACAAUCCAGGUGGGAUAGAGAUAAAUUUGUUAAAAUACAUGAAGAAAACAUCAUACCAAAAUUCAAAUCAAAUUUUGACAAGCAGAGCCUGGAAAACACGACUUACAGUUUUGAGUACGACUACGACUCCAUAAUGCAUUACGGUGCAGGUUUCUUUAGUAAAGAAAAAGGAAAACCUACCAUCACAGCAAAAAUGCCUGGAGGCAAGAGGAUAGGGCAAAGGAAAGGCAUGUCGAAAGGCGAUUGCCUGAAACUAAACGAUCUCUAUAGUUGUUUUGACAACCCUAAGAAAAGAAGAAAGUAUUAUAAUGUAUGUCAAUAUAUGGGUGUGUAAUUAAAUUAUUUAUUAUC